AUGACCAGCUUCAACGGUGCCACAGAUACCCAUCCAAACACCGACACCACACUCUCCAUAACCUCACCCCCGCCCACACUCUCCAUAACCUCACCCCCGCCCACACUCUCCAUAACUCACCCCCGCCCACACUCUCCAUACCUCACCCCGCCACACUUCAUAACCUCACCCGCCCACACUCUCCAUAACCUCACACACUCCAAACCAUCGCCCACACUCUCCAUAACCUCACCCCCGCCCACAUCCCUCGAUAUCUAUAUAGCAUGUACGCCUCCUUCGAUUGCUUAUUCCCUCAGAGAUCUCUCAGAUGGUUACUCACCUAUUCCUGCCGACGCCAUCACGUACCGACCCCGGACGCGAUCAUCUAAAGAACUACAUACCUUGAGACCAACAUAUACAAGACUUCCGAUUACCAACCCCAAAACAGCUCCUAAAGGCCCAGUGACACGGAAACUCCAGCCUUUAUUCUAA